AUGGCGGCCGGUGCAUCGAGAGAAAGUGGAGAGGCGUCGAGGAGAAAGAAGAAGAUGGAGCAUGUUUUUGCUCAAGAGUUGUCAAGCAAGUGGCCAUCUCAGUCUUUGAGGAAACUAACUAUAGAGUUUUGCCCAAAAUUGGCUAUACCAUGGUUCAAUUUGAAUGAAAUUUGGAGUCUCCAAUGUCUUCAGAGUUUAACAUUGGCUGAUUGUGAAGAAUUGAAAUGUUUGUUCUCAAUGGAAAAACAUAGAAACCUACCAGAGUUGAUGUACCUUUCCCUUUCUGAUUGUCAAGAAUUGGAACAAAUUGUUGCCGCAAAUGAAGAACUCGUGGAGCUUCCUAAUGCUGAAUUGUAUUUUCCAAAGCUAAAACAAAUAACAGUCUUCAACUGCCACAAGUUGAAAAGUCUUUUCCCGUUUUUCAUGGUUACAAUGCUUCCACAAUUAAGCACUCUUCGCUUAUCACAUGCUACUCAACUUCAAGAGGUUUUUAGGCAUAGUCAAGGAGACAGCAUUAUGAAUGAAAGGGAAAUUGUUCUUCCGGACUUGACAGAGAUAACACUUGCCGAUCUACCAAAUUUUGUAGAUAUUUGUCAUGGUUGUAAGUUACAUGCCGUUAAACUUCAAAAACUCAGCAUAUCUAACUGCCCCAAAAAUGUUUUAAGCUUAAGAAUAAUAUUCAGGUGA